GACAGGAUGAGCUAGUGUGAAUAUGUGUGCAUGACAGAAAGCAUGAAAAGGAAGGCAUGGGCUGGGGGCUGAGGGUGGGAAGGAAUAGGCUACAGCCCUUUGCCUAUCCUUCAAACAAGCCGGGAAGACCCACCCCCAUCCUGUCUGCUUGUGAAGGUUUUGGAAGCUCCUCCAAAAGCCCCACCCCCUGAACAGUAGCAUAAAAGCCACACACCCAUCCCAGUGACUGGACACUAAACAGCUACUGCUGGACAGAGCCUCAGAGUCAAAGGGACCAGACCAGACUCAACUCGACUGAACCGCUCGAGAUAUCAGGUAAGUGUCUCCAUCUCCUCAGGACUUCUGCGUGCUCUGGGAUUUAGAGAGGCUUUGUGGCUUCUCGGGUAGCUGAUAGGCUUGUGUUAAGAAGGGCUUUGCUGAGCCUCUCUUGGCUUUUGGGAGGUAAAGCAGAUGUUAUCGACCCAGAAGUAUGGAUGGGAUGGAACUGAUCAGGUGGGCUGUGAUGAUCUAUCAAUAGCUGAGGCAAUAUAUUCCUCUGGGUUUGGGGAGGGAAGCAUACGAGCUGGAUGUGAGCAUCACUUGGCUACUUCCAGGGUGAUCGGAGAAGGUUCAGAAUGGCUCACUGUUUUCCAACAGAUUAAUUAAAUUCCUUUCUGGGGCUUAAUUUAUAAACUUGAAUUAAAAAUUAAUUGGGGACACAUUUUUUGUCGCUAAUUUUUUUUUAAUUGAUCAAUCUAAUUGAUUGGUCAAACAAAACAUUGCAGUAAUUACCUGCCAGGGGUCCCACCUCAUUUUAAAAUACUUAUUUACAUGCAUUCAUAUCCGAUUUAAAAUAUCCCAUGGAUGAGUUCUGUGAGCACCAAAAAUGCAUUGUUGUAGACCUCACCAUAAGGGAGAGAUGCUGCUUUUGCUGAGUCUCAGGCUGCCUUGAAAUCGCACCCUCAUCCAAGAUAUGUGGAGGGUUGUGGUUGUUGGUGAGGAAGGAAAGGCAGUCUGCUCAGAUAUAUUUUUGUUAAUACUUCAGGUGCCCCUUGAACGCAGGAUCCAGAACGGAGCCAGAAUGAACUAUAGCACAGAUUCAUCUUUGCCCUUUUCUUCCCAGGUCAGGAUCAUGGAUUCAAUAAGUUUUGUUGUGAUGCUUUGUUUGCUGAUGACAUCUUCAUGUCAGCCCUGGAGGGCAUUUGGAGCACCAGACAGGUGAGCAGCUGGGAAAUGGGCAGGCGGCGAUUCAGGGUGGUUGGUUUCGAGUAAGGAGGAGGGCAACACAAUGCAUAAACCACAAAAUUCACCCCCACAAGAGGUAGCAAUGGGGCCACCAACUUGAAUAAUAAUAAUACUAAUUUAUUAUUUAUACUCUGCCUACCUGGCUGGGUUUCCCCAGCCACUCUGGGUGGCUUCCAACAAAAUAUUAAAAUACAAUAAUUCAUCAAAUAUUAAAAGCUUCCCUAAACAGGGCUGCCUUCAGAUGUCUUCUAAAAGUCAGAUAGUUGUUUAUUUCCUUGACAUCUGGUGGGAGGGCAUUCCACAGGGUGGGCAUCACUACCAAGAAGGCCCUCUGUCUGGUUCCCUGUAACUCCGCUUCUUGCAGUGACGGAACCGCCAGAAGGCCCUUGGGGCUGGACCCCAGUGUCUGGGUGGGGGUGGAGACACUCCUUCAGGUAUACUGGGCUGAGGCCAUUUAGGGCUUUAAAGGUCAGCACCAACACUUUGAAUUGUGCCCGGAAAUGUACUGGGAGCCAAUGUAGGUCUUUCAGGACCGGGUGUUAUGUGGUCUCGGCACAUGAAUGGUUUUAAAAAAGGAUUAGGCAAGUUGAUGACUAUUUAUGGCUGCUUGCCAUGAUGUCUAUGUGCUAUAUCUGCUGUCAGAGGCAGUGUUCUUCUGAAUUUGCUGAGAAUUGCCCAUGCACUUAGGUAUUGCUUGCGGGAUUCCCAGCCACAUCUGGGUGGCCGCUGUGUGAACAGGAGGCUGGACCAGAUGGGUCACUGGCCCGAUUCUGAUGUUCUGAUGAGACAGUGAGUGAUCCUCCCCUCAUCUUAUGCCCAUCAUCAAUGUGUUAUAAUCACCCUACUUCCUUAUUUUCUGCAGGCGGCAGCCCCCUCCUUUUGCCUCCUUCCUGAAUCAGCUCCUGAAGAUACGCGAAGGAGCAGAUGGUAGAGCCUUGCAGGAGCCUGGGCUGGAAGCAGGAGAAAGGUCCACCAAGUGGGAGCAGCUGGAGGGAGUGAGAAGCCAGCUGAACCUGUUGAAGAGGUAAGUGGUACCUUGAAAGGACAACAUCCCUGCACUCAGAGCAGACUAGCCCCAUUAGAUCACCCUCAUAUUCCAGAGAUCACUACCUUCAGCUUUCCAUCUCACACCCGUCCAGGAAUGCAGGAAACUGCUUUAUACUGAGUCAUACCCUCAACCCAUCUUGCUUAGUAAUGGCAGCAGGUCUUUUGGGUUUUUGACAGGCGAGAUUUUCUUCCCUACCAGGAGAUGUUGGAGUUUGACCUGGGACAUUCUGCUACUGAGCUAUGGCCCUUGAUGAUCAUCUGUCAUGGAUGCUUUAGCUGAGAUUCAUGCAUUACAGUCACUUGGACCAGAUCCCUUCCAACUCAACAGUUCUAUGAUUCUAGAGCUGUGUCUUCCAGCGCAGUAGUCCUCAGACCUUCCCAGAGAACCUGGGAGUCAGGGCAUGGUCUUUUAACCAGUCAAACCUGUGCGACAAUAGAUCUAGAACAGGGCUAGCUAAUGUGCUGCCUUCCAGAUCUUGCUGGAUUCCAAAUCCCAUCAACCCUAGCCAGGGAUGAUGGGAGUUGUAGUCUGAAGGGUACCAUGCUGGCUACGUCUGAUCUAGAAUAUAAUAAUCUUGAUUUUGCUUGAUCUGCAUUUCGCAAGAACAAAAUCGCUCUCUCUAUCUUACAGUUUAAAUUUCUUUUUUUCCCUUGGGGUUAGGGCUUGUGAAACAGCCUGGCAAGCUAAACGUAUCAUCUAACCAUACAACACCUAUUUGUGUCAGGCAGAAAAUAUGUAAAAUGCGUCCCACAGACAGAGGUUGCCAAACUGUCUCUCCCCUCCUCCUUUUAAUUAACCUGGGAGGUGUUUUGCUUCCCAAUAGGCAGAAAUUUUGCUGGUGAAGCUUUUUCUGAUGCAGUAAUGAAAUAACUCAUGAGGACUCUUCCUAUUAAAACAGUGGAUGCAGUUAGGAGUACCGUGACACUUCAUUACCAUGUUAGAAAUGGGGAGAAAUUCACUGGCAAAACUGAUUUUUCCUCCUACACAUGUUUGGGGCAUGACCCAGUCUUGAUUUGCAAUUGCAUGAUACUGAUCUAAUUUGACAAAUAGUCUGACUCAGUAUACGACAGCUUCCUGUGUCCCUAUAUAGGGUGUAGUUAUUUGGAUGGUAGUGAAGACUGAGUCCCCCCCCCCCCCGUGUGAAAGUUAGCCUUUCACUAUUCUUCUGUUUUUAAUCACGGCCCCAAACUGGACCAGACCGAGAUGAAGCCAUCUCUUGGCUGGGCGAAAGCCAAUUCCUAGCCCUAUGACAAUCUUAGCCUGAGUUCCUCAGGUGGUGCGAUGGGUCAGGGCACCAGGCUGUUAACCAAAAGGUUGGUGGUUCGAGCCCACCCAGGGACUGCUGUGGGCAGGAUUCCUGCAUUGCAGGGGGUUGGACUAGAUGACCCUCGGGGUACCCUUCUAACUCUAUGAUUCGAAGCCUCAGCUCUAGUAUAGCAUGGAUAGGGAGCCUGUGGUUCUCCAGAUAUUGCUGGACUAUAAUUCACAUCAUCCCCCAUCACUGCCUGGCUGUGCCUUUUGCUCCCAUUCAGGAGAUCAUUCCUCCUGCUCCAGACCCUAUAUAGGUCCUCUACAAGACCCUAGUGUUCCUCACACUUCUUUUCCCCACCCACAGCUCCGCUCCUGGGCACCGUGUCCCCCGGCACCUGCUGGCCUUGCCUUCCAUGCGCGGAUGCCAGCUUGGCACCUGCCAAGUGCAGAACCUCGCCAAUCUGCUGUACCGUUACGGGGGCAACAACCAGAAGGACGAAUCCCGCAAGAACAACAAGGACACAGCCGAUCCCAUGGGCUAUGGGCGCAGGAGACGCCGGGCGGCUGGGCAUGGCUUGCCCACUCCCACUUAAGAGACACCAUGCUGACGAGGGGAGAGAUGGGCACUAACUGAACCAGGCUCUGGGAAGCCGCAAGGAUCAAGAGAACACACUCAGUGACCCUGAGCGCUCGGAGGCAAUGGGCAACUACAAGCGUGGCCACCAUCAUGGGAUGGUUGUGGGUCUUCUUCUGUCUCCAGCAUUUUAGUGCCCCCCAUCCCAGUUCAAGAUUUGGGCCACUGGUGCCUAGGCAAAGCUUCAUGGGGAUGCAAGGCUGCAGAGCGGAUAGCUGCUAUGGCUCACAGGGUGUUCAGUGGAGUUGUGUGUUCAGCGGUGGUCAAGCUAAGAGCCUCCUCUCCAACGGGGGGGCAGCAGCUCUUUGCCAGAACGCAGGAGGAGGAUGCUAUAGAAGUCAAGGAAGAGGAUGGGAAAGUGGUCAUGCCCCCCCCCCCCCGGAAAAGAACACUGGAACAUCUCAGUGUUGCGGAAUAGCUCCUCUGCAAAAUACAAAUGGACUUCACCGGCUGUGUGACAUCGCAGGCAGGGUGGCGGGAUUCCUGGGCAUUCCUGGCUUCUGGGAUUCUGUGCUUCAUUUAUGCAUCUGGAGUUGCAUCAAGAGGAG